AAGACAGUACACAGAGCUCGUGCAAUGAUUGUUGGAUGCGCAGGUGCUGGGAAAACUACCCUUCUAAAACGACUACAGAAGCUAGGAUUAGAGGAAUUACUGAAGGUGCGCUCCACUGUUGGACUUGAGGUUCAUGAGGACAUGUUUGAACUGGAUGAUGACUCUUCUUUAAGAGCAUUAUCAGGGAGUACAGACAAAGACGACAAACAGAUUCUGAGUGUAGUAGAUUUUGGAGGACAGUCUGCCUACUACGCCUGUCAUCAGGUCUAUCUCAGCAAAAGAGCGUUCUAUCUACUGGUCAUAGACAUGUCCAAACCUUUUACAGAAAAAGUUGAUGAAAAUAAAUGUGAGCAACGGGGAACAAUGUUUGCAGACUGGACAUAUGGAGAGUACGUUCUUUUCUGGCUGAAAUCUAUUCACACGUACUGCGCUGAGGACACAUCAGUCAUUAUUGUAGCUACACACAGUGAAAAUGCUACACAGAAGGAAAAAGAUGGAUUUUAUGGACAGCUCUUGGAUUUGUUACCAACAGAUUCCAAUCUUAAGAAACAUUUAAAAUAUGAGAGGUGUUUUUUUGUCAGCUUUCCUCGUGACAAAGGUGAAGAUUUGGAAGUUUUAUCUGAAUUAGAAAACUCUAUUGCCUCUAUUGCCAAAGACAGGAAAUGGAAAGAAGAUAUUCCAAAAGAAUGGUCUAUUAUUGAACUGGCUCUACUCACGAUGAGAGUUUCAGAAAAGACGGUUCAUAUCGAAGAUCUCAAAGAGAAAUACUGGAAGGCUAAGGAAGAUGAAAGUCUAAAAAUGGAGGAUGCACUAUGUUUUUUCCACGACAUUGGAUUGAUUCUUCACUUUGAGGAGGAGAACCUUUCAAAUACAAUAAUUGUUGACAUCCAAUGGUUCGUUGAUACCUUCAAAUUCAUAAUAUCAGACAAAAAUCAUGUCCGAGACUUAGCAGAAACUGACAGAGACUGGCAGUACUUCCACAGAACAGGGUAUCUCUUUGACAGAUUUCUAGAUCGAAUGUGGAAAAAGUUAUUUCACAAGUCGGAAAAAAAGAACAUUUUGCAAUACAUGCAAAGACUAGGAUUACUGGCGAUAGGGGGAGAAAAACACUAUGUACCAUGCAUGAACAAAAGAGAUUUUGGUAGGAAGGAAAGGAUUGCAUUACGGGGAAUGGAAACAAAAUCUUCUGUUUUAGUGCUUCAUUUCCAAUUUUUACCGUUCUUCUACUACUGUCGAUUGAUAGUUGCCUGCAUUGUGGGAACUGAGUGGAAGGUGGUAGAAGAUGAAG